UUUUUCACAUUGAAACACAAACAUCGGGGGAGAAAAGGGCCAAAAGAAAAAAAGGAAGAUCCGAAAAUUUUCCAGGAAAUUCUCAGAUUCUGGGAAAAAAAAGGCAGGGAGAGGAGGGCGAGAAGAAGGAAAAUUAAAUCCAAUUGGAAUAUAUUGGCAGGGAUUUUCCUUUUUGAUUUGUUGUAAACGAGAAACCUCUGUUGGGAAAAAAGGAAAGUUAAAAAUCUUAGAUUUUCACCGUUUUCUUCGUCUUUAUUCUUCAUCGGUUUCCGGUUACUGAGAGAGAGGGGGAAAAAUCCGUUUCCAUAUAUGAUAACCACAAUCUACCUGUGAUUUUUUCUCUUCUUUGUUUGAUCAUUGUCGUCAUCGUUUCCUCGCAAAUUCAUACGAUUUGUCCGUGGUUUUCCGGAAGAUAAACGACAAAACAAAAAGUUUGUCUUUGUGACUGUUUUCCUAUUUGCUAUGCGACCCAUGUCAGAAACUCAGCAUGAUCAGAGCUCUAUUGGGUCGAAUCGAUCUUCCGAGAAAAUCGAAGAUUCCUUUAGGCGGAUAAAGUUGAAUGGAGAAGGUGAUGUUCAAUCCGGUCUGUAUCCUGAUCGUCCCGGCCAACGAGAUUGCCCGUUCUAUCUGAGAACUGGGUUGUGUGGCUAUGGCAACAACUGCCGUUACAAUCAUCCUCCUUAUGUUUCUCAGGCUGUUAUUUAUUACAAAGAUGAUCUCCCUGAGAGAGUUGGACAGCCGGACUGUGAGUAUUUUCUGAAGACAGGAACCUGCAAGUAUGGCCAUACGUGUAAAUAUCAUCAUCCAAAGGACAGGAAUGGAGCUGGACCUGUGUUGUUCAAUGUUCUUGGUUUUCCUAUGCGUCAGGGUGAGAAAUCGUGCCCAUAUUACCUCCGGACCGGAACAUGCAGAUUCGGAGUUGCUUGCAAGUUUCAUCAUCCUCAACCUGUUAAUGGACCUUCUGCUGCAUACGGAGUUUCUAGCUAUUCUUCUGUAGGUUUGCCCUACCUUGGCGGCAUGACAAUGGUGUCUAUGCCACCUGCAACUUAUGGAGCAGUACCACGUGCACAAGUUCCUCAGGCCUAUGUUCCUGUCAUGGUUUCCCCCUCUCAUGGCAUUUUACCUCCCCAAGGCUGGACUACUUACACUGCUGCACCUAACCAGAUAUACAAUGUGAAGGAUCAACCUGACUCGAGUUCUAGUGCAUCAGUGCCUGUGGCUGUGACGUCGAACCAGGGUUUGGCUGGAAGACUUGACCAGCCAGAAUGUCGGUAUUUUAUGAGCACUGGAACAUGUAAAUAUGGAGAUGACUGCAAAUAUAACCAUCCUAAAGAAAGGAAUUCACAAUCUCCACAAAAUCUCUUAAGCCCUGUUGUUCUCCCAUCUAGACCUGGGCAACCGGCAUGUACUAACUUCAUGGCCUAUGGAUUCUGCAAGUUUGGACCAAACUGCAAAUUUGACCACUCUUUGCCACCAUACCCUUAUAACAUGGCCUUGACCAUGUCUCCUUCGCCUGCAACUUAUGCUUCACCAGUCUCAACUCGUCUUAGGAUCUCGCCUCCAAAUGGCUCUGAUUCGCCUCCCCUGUCUGAAGUGAAACCCGCUGAGACGAACCAGAGCUCAGAGGCUGAGAAACCGGGCAUUAACCCUGAACAUGUUAACUCAGAAGUGGAGGUUUCAUCUGAAAAUUCUGCCUUGACCAACGAUCACCAGCAUCAGAAUCAGCAAUGUGGUGGAAUCUCCGAUUAGGGUUUCUUGAGAUGUGCAUGAUCUCUAUUGUUGUUUUUUGGAAGGAAGGGGGGUGAAAAAUGAAAUGGGUUCUCCAUUUUUGGGAUUUUGGAGAUUGCCUCGGCUCACACGGAUAGGAAGAGAGAACAAAAAAAGGAGGGUUGAAAGUUUUUAUUCUUGUUUCGACUUGGUUAAUAAACUCUACCUCGGAGGAAAGAGAGAAAUUGACAUUUAUAUUUCUUGUCAUCUUCUUACC